AUGCCGGAAGCUUCUCUUACCUUCCCAAUAAUUUGCCUGACCCUCUCAUCCCUCUUUGUUGUUGCCGUGUACAAUGCUUCGAUUAUGCAGCACCUCGGCACCUUCCACCGUCGCAGCAUCCUCCCCGUGUACCAACAUAUUGCGCGAAAGCUCAUCAACCGUCAUCCCACCAACCAAAACCCGCAAACCCACAUGCCCGAAGCAGAGUACGAGCCAAUAAACCUCGAUACUAAAGAUGAAGAAGAACAACAUCCUUCAUCCCUCGCAAAUUCAUCCAUGCCAACAUCUGGCUACCAUCGGCACGGUCAAGACAUUGCUCUGGACACAGUCAAUACCUUCAUAGAAAUGGAUAGCAAAACAGAAAUUGACGGUCUCAGCAUGACCACCAGCUAUGCUGGAGGCCCAUACCGUCCGCAACGCCGGUCCAUCUUUGCGGAUAUGGCCGAUUUCCCCACUCGCAGUCAAUCUCCAAGCCCUUCUGGAUCCAUGGCGUCCUCUGACGACUAUGACUCUGACUGGUCCAACUCCGCUGUCGACGAGGCGGUCUUCGAGCCACACAACCCAGUCGAUGAUAUCCCCAUCUGGGAAUUCGACCUCGAGCGUCCUAUUUAUACCGUUGGCCAGGCGCAGGGGGGACCGGUGGCUUGGUUGGAUGAGGUUGUUGAGUGGACAUCCCAGGGCGUUUUUGCUUUUGUUUCUCCCGACAUCAUUGAACAACGGGGGUGA